CUCCAUCUCGGUCCCGACCCCGACACCGAUGACGGCUCCGUCGGCUGAGCGCCGUAAGAGAGAUGACGGGAUGAGAGGCACAAUGCGAAACGAGAUAACCCGACUGAUGUACGGAGCUGGGGAUGUGGAAGAGCCGGACAUGGAUUCGGUGGAAUAUAUGGAAGAUCUUCUCGUGGAUUUCUUCUCCGAUCUGUGUCGUCCCCUCCACCCCAUCCGUUCCACCACUGCGACUCUGCACCAAGCAGUCCCACUCACUUCUGGGAUCAUCCGACAUCGUCUCUCCUCCUCUUCAUCGACCAACAUGCGCAAGUAUCUCAACCGCUUCGACGAGAUGCUCUAUAUGUCCGGAGAGAUAGCACGCAGCAAACGUAUCCUCCAGCCAUCCAACGCUGACCUCAUCGCAACGGUCGGAAAUGGAUUUCUCGAGCUCGAAGACGAUGGUGAUCGUCCUCGAAAACGUAUGGGACGGCCACCGAAGGGCAAGGACGAACACGGGAACAAGAUUGAGAAGAAGAAAAAAGAUUGGCGUGAAGGUGAACGUAAGAAACCGGGACCGGCAAAGGGAUGGAAGGCGAAUUUGAGUCAAGAGCAACAACAACGGCUCAAAGUCUUGGGGUAUAAGAAGGGGUAUCGUCGUAAGCCUUAGUCGUCUCCCGAGUUAAUCUCACGAUUCUUGUAGAAACACGUUGUAUCGUCAUGAAUUGUAUGCAUGUAUGUAUGUAGUG